AUGAUUAUUUUAAUGUUACUGUUGGGUAUGCUGCACAACGGAUUGUCGGCCAUCAGCGGAUACGAAGAAGUGGGAAAAAAUGUACUUAUGAAAUUAGGUUCAACCCAAAGACCUGUGGUAGAGAAAAAUAUGAAGAUAACUUCUUCCACAAUGGAGCUGUAUAAAUCAAUGAUAGAAGAAAACAAUGCAAUGACAACGCAUUUUUCUUUUCCUGGUUUGAACACAACGUCUGCCAAUACUGCCAGAAUUUAUUCCAACAAAGGGUCAGCUCCAAUUAAAGCUAAGGCUAAAAAAUAUAGGCUACAGUUUGAUAUAGAUUCUAUACCGAAACAACACCUGGUUAAAGCUGCUGAAGUUCGUUUUACAAUGAAAUACGAUCAAGUGCUACGGAAUGGAGAAUUUAUUCAUGUGAUUUUACAUGAUAUAGUACAACCUGGCGAGAAGGGCCUAUCAAAACCUAUUCUCAAAAUUAUGGAUUCAAAAUCAAUUAAUAUGUCAACAAUUUCAAUGACCGAAAGUUUUGACGUAACACCAUUUAUAGAAAGACUGGCAAAGAACAAUUUCAAAGAUAACCAUGGUAUUCUAGUUCAAUGCGUCACGGAAUCUGGUAGUCACACACAUUUGCUGAGCGUGUUUGAUUUUGUAUCACCUGAAAAUACAUUGCUAUUGGUCUACACCGACGACGGAACAAGUGCUAAGAGCUCGAUGGAACAAAUGAUGCGGCGGAGCAAACGAUCGGCCAACGCUCCGGCGAGGCAGCGGAAGAAAACGAAAUCGACGCUCUGCAAGAGGCAUUCAAUGUAUGUGGAUUUCAAAGAAAUUGGGUUCAGCGAUUGGAUAGAGGCGCCGCCGGGGUACGAAGCUUUCUACUGCCACGGGGAGUGCACUUUCCCGUUGGCAGAUCACAUGAACGGGUCUAACCACGCGUUAAUCCAGACGUAUAUAAACGCAUAUAAUGUUGCGAGAGUUCCCCGGGCGUGCUGCGUGCCGACCAAGCUGAGUAUGCAGACUUUGCUUUACAAAGACGACGAUGGAACUUUGGUGAUGAAAAACUACCCGGAUAUGACAGUGGACGAGUGCGGAUGUAGAUGA